AUGGAUCUAUCGCAGGCUCAAAAGCUGCAACAGUCUUGGAACAGACAGAGAAUGCUCAUGAUAGUACGCCAUGACACGGAGCUCGCUCUCUACAGAAUCCAGCUCGAGGAGGAGAAGCAGGCCGCCCGUGACCGCAAUGAGCAUGAGCUGGAGCAGUUCAGGAUCGCCCUACCAGCCCACACAUUUGAGACCAUGUGUGUGCCUAUGAGCCAGGGAAGUCUUUUACACGCGCUCCAGCAGAUCGACCAGGCCUACGAGGAGCGCACUCGCCCUAUCAAGGAAGCCCACAGGAGCGAGAAGGACCUGCACGAACACCGCAAACCUCCCCCCGCCAGACCAGCGGCAGACGAGCUGUCGGCACCAUCGUCUGCUGGCUCUCCAGAUAUAUCCAGUGCUCCGAAGUUGGAAGUCUACGCCAACGCCAACCUUCCAUUUGCUCCUGAUGGAGGGCUUCAUAUCUGUGGCCAGGACUACCCAACACCAUCCUUGACCGUCUCUCCUACCAUAACCCAGGACGAGACGCUACAGACACAUCGGACAUACCAGACACAUCAGACACAUCCGCCGCGGCAUGGACAGCAGGCGGAGCCCUCCUCCCGUUCGCUCUGCUAUGAGUCCGAUGAUGGCAACCAACGUUUGUUGUUUCGCUGUCGAAUUGGGAAACGCAAAGCGUCGCCAGAUGGACUGCCAGACCCAAAACGAUUACGCAUCGACACCUCGGCGAACGCUCUGCGCACGCCUCUUGCUACGUCAUCGGUAGACGAUAACCAGCAGCAAACUCGAACCAUCACCUUCUCCGAAGUUUACCAGGAUGGCAAGGCUAAACACAAGGAUGCCAUCGUAAAAUGGCCAGCUGGAAGCCGUAAAUGGUACAUCCUCAAAUGUGAAGAGCACGGAGUCCAUUUUAAGGAACGGGCUGUCCAAGGUGCGGCCAAGCACCUGAGCGGUAAGCUUCAUGGGUUCCCUGAUCGAAAUCAGGAAAUGGCCGUCCGGACCCUUGGAAUACACGUCGUCGACUGCAACGAACAGCGCGCUAGCAUGAACAAUCAGUCUGUCGCGGAAGCGUAUGCGAACGGUUAUACACCAGAGAAUCCGUGGAAAAGGGGAAAGAGAACCAGGCCGGACUCUACUGGUACUCACGCGGCCUCUUCCCGCCCCGCCCUCAUUUCCUCCACGCAGAUGCCUGCAUGCUCGUCACUUGAAAAGCGCUCGCCAGGCAAGAAGCUCAAGCCUGCCCUACCGCCUUUGCCGGGGGCAACAAGCUCUCCACAAAAGAUAUCAGGAGCAACCGAAAUCCAGACAGCUGGGGUUACAAGCUUCCAGAGCAUGGAAAACGAUGCCCCUUUGCAUACGGUAGCAAAGGCGCGGACACCCAUUCAAGAGAUACGACGCAAGACGCCAACGUCCUCUUCUCGGAAGCCUUCCAUCCCAGCCGAUGGGCUAUAUCAUCCAAAGGUAUUCCACAUCUACCAUGGACAUUGGAGAGACGACGACCAAGUCUAUCCAGUCAUGAUCCUCGGCUGGGGUGAUCAAACUGAGGGUGGCCUCCAAAGGAACUCAAAUCUUGCCGACACUGGUCUCCUUCACAAAGACUCGUCCCCGCCCAAAUGCUACAUCUACAGCGAUGACGCUAUUGUGGGUUGGGCGCCCGGGUACGAGGAUGGAGGCCCGAAAGUCAAGUUGAGGAGAUUCCCAGUCAUGUUCUUCGACGACGGACAGACUGUGGCGUGGAUCCCGGCUCGUGAUUUAAGCAAAUUCCCGCUCUAUAAGCCCGAUCCUCCGAAGAAAGCCGAUCAUCCCUUUCAUGCGGCAAGGCGUUGGAUAGCCGAGCGGGAGGGUUUUGGGGACUGGGAAGAACGCGAGGCAGCACGAGAAAUGGGCAGACCAGAGAAAACGGCGCUUGUUGGGAUGGGGCCCACUGUGUCCUCGGGCAAUCCGGUGGACAAGGUCGAAAAGCCCGUGAGCCACGAGAACCUCGAGAACCACGAGGGUCGCGAAAUGGAUGUUAAUUCCGACUCUGAUGAAUCUGUUGCAUCGUCCACAGCCACCACUGAAACGGACAAGGAGCUUCGCGUAUGGCGGGAAAAAGGCGGUAAAAUACCUGGCGACGGGGAUUAUUCGGGCUCAGACGUCGACAGCAACUUAGAUGAAGAAGAGAUGGAGCUUGAGGGGGACAAACCAGACGCCCUCGGAAGGCGUUGGACGUUCUACCCCCUCCGCAACACAGAGAAUACGAAGACUCCGUCAGAAGCACCGCCUGCCGGAUCACUCGAUCCCAGGCCUCGAAUCGAGGUGACUACAUCGAUUCUAGAAGGUAUGGCCUCGGCGCGCAAGCUUGCACAGCAGGCUUGCCUGCAGCCAGAUACGUACUCACCAUCGAUGAUAGGAUCAGAAGCCCAUACUUCCACGAAGAACGCCACGUCCAAGUCGAGACCCGUGUCAGAGGAGAUUGCAACAACAAGCCAACCGUUCGAUAGCAAGGCCACUAAGUCAAGGGAAGCUCUGCCAGACAAGGCAGACUCAAGUAUCUCCGUUGCCGACGCAAUGCCAAGUAGAAAAUCAUUACCCAACGAUAUUGAGCGCCUUCUUGAGAUGACUAGCAACUCGUCCAAGGGCCUCGAACAAGAGGUGUCACCAAGUGGAAUACCUCCGAUUCAUGACACAUUAUCGGGACUUAAACACGAAGACAAAAUACGGUCAGCCGCGUCACUACCCCCGCGUGGCACUUAUAUGACAGAACAUGCUGCGGCUAGAGCCAACAGUGUUCCUUCCCACGUGGUUGCCAGUCAAGUACAGUUGAAAACAGCCUCGGAUGCUCCCGCUGCUGUAGACGAGAAGCGUGCUACCGUGACGGACACACCGGCAGACUUGCAAGCCAACGGAGCCUCCUCCCCGGUGGCCCCGUUAGAAGAGCGUGCCCCAAAGGUCGUCGACGACGCCCAAGCCGAUGAGCAUACGGUGACGGCCUCUGGCGGCCCGGAUUCGAAGCUUGCCAAUGGGGGCGAGACCGGAGAGACCAUGCCCCUGACGCUCGAAGGACAAGCCCAUAUCGCAAGGCCCGAUAUCUUCAAAUACGAACAAUCCGGUCUUGAGGAGGCAAGUUAUGAACAAGCACCGCCUCGAGUGCAGUCGCCCCCGAGAUCAGCUACGACUGCGGAAGCAAGCUCACUGGAUUCUGUGCCGAGUGCAUCGACGCGUGGGCCGUUCCUAGGCGCUGCGGAAUUUGAAGUAUCGCAAUACAGCCAUGGUGACGUAUCUUGGACUCGAUGCAGUGGCGAAGCGUGCUUGAAACUCUUCUACAGCGGAGACAAAAACACAAUGGGCACGGUGAGUUCCUCGGUAGAGAUGACGAUCGACCCGGCUAUGAUGGUGGGAUUUUCGCGGGAACCCCUUUCCGGGUCGAAUGGCAAUAGCAUGAUAUCGCUCGCGCCAGCAGGCGGUAAUGGCCAGGCUGUGAAGCUCGUCUUUGAUCGCAGCGAAGGAAGUCCGUUGGAGAUUGGCAAAACCCAGUCCAGAAACUUCAUCCGCUGGCUCCGGCGAGUGAACCCGAAGAUCGGUUGCAUAGGAACAUAG